GAUACUAUAUAGCGUGCAGUUUAGGUCAAAUCCUCCCAACUACCGUUUCGUCGGUCCCUGAUUAUCUCAUAUUAUGAAGGGAUAUAGUGUACAAAUUUGGUAGAAUGAGCACGUACGACCAUAGACUGAGGAAAACUGGGCAUCCCGUCCGCUCUGCCAUACAUAAGCCUCAGAUCGGCGGACUAGUAGUUGGGUCGGUGACGACCAGCGAAUCCCCGCUGUUGUACGUUUUUUGUCCAACCCAUUUUUUGUUUUUAUAUUUAUUUGUCUGUCUUUUUUUUCUUUUUUAUUUAUUUACGGCGCCUUUUCUGUGUUCCCGUUUUGCAAAUUUAAUUUCUAGGCAUUUUAAUGCGAUUUCUUUAAUUAUUCUGUUUACUUUGUUUUCCUAGGUAUUUUUCUUUUGUUGUUUAUAUUCGAUUAUUUUAGAAAUUUAUAUUUAUUAUGCACGUUUUCUAUUAUAAAU